AUGGCGCUCACCCUCGCUUUUACUGCUUUUGCGUUAACCGUUGCAACCAAUGUUGCGGCACAACGUACUAAUCAGACCAGUAUCAACUUCCAAUCUUGUCCAGAGUUGAACGCAAACAUCACCGCUUCGAAUGGUGUAGAAGGGUCGGUCGUCGAUUGCGCGACGCUUUCGGUACCGUUGGAUUAUACCAAUCCUGAAGCAGGUCAGCUCGAGCUUCGAUUGUUCAGGGCCAAUGCCACAGAAGAGCCGGUUUUGGGAACCGUGCUUAUGAACUUUGGAGGUCCUGGAGGAACAGGUGCUGAAAACCUCCCUCCAUACGCCAAGCUGGCACAUACGGUCAUUGGCCCACAGUGGAAUCUUGUCUCCUGGGAUCCCCGUGGGACCGGGUAUACCCUUCCUUUCGCGUGUGACCUUGGAGCCUCAGGAUCACCCCCAGCUCGAAAGCGCGACGUUGGGACCUUGGCCAGCACCAACUUGACCGAGGUCUUCCUCAAUGGCGGCUGGGAAGCUGCGGGUCAGCUUGCGGACUACUGUGCCACUCAAGCAGACGAGACAGCAACGUUGAUCGGCACGGCUUUUACAGCCCGUGACAUGAUGAUGAUUGUCGACGCUCUUGGAGAAGACGGUCUUCUUCGGUACUAUGGCUGGUCAUACGGUACAGCACUCGGCUCAUAUGCUGCCGCCAUGUUUCCUGAACGUGUGGAGCGCAUGGUUCUAGACGGCAAUGUCAACCCCCAUGACUACCAAGCAGGUCACUAUGGAGAGUUCGUGGUUGAUUCCGAUGCCGCUUUCACUGGAUUCUUACAAGCAUGCUUCGAAGCGGCCGAUGACUGCGCUUUCUACUCAGUGAUAAAACCCAAUACAACACAAGAUCUCCUCGAUAGCAUCAAUUUCGUGCUGGCGCCAUUGGCCGAGAAUGCAACCUCGAGCAUCGAAGCCUACACCAACUAUAUCGCUUUGAAGGGCAUUCUUUUCUCACCUCUCUAUUGGCCAGCGACUUGGGCAACACUCGGGGAGACUCUUGCCGACUUAUGGCAGGGAAACAUCACUGAGCCUGCAAACACAACAGCUCGACCGACCUAUGGCGAGGCUGCGAAUGCAGUGAUUGGCAUUCGCGCCGGUGAUGCAACCUUUAUCGCCAACUCGAGUGAUGAGUAUCUUGCUCGAGUGCAGUAUGAAGCCACCGUUAGCCCUGGUUUCAGCGAUAUCUCCUAUUUUAGUCUCUGGGUAUCGGCACAGUGGCGUCUACCAGCGAAAGAGCGCUACUGGGGGGAUUUCAGCGCCACGACCAAGAACCCGAUUCUGUACGUCAAUGGACAGUUCGAUCCUGUAACGCCGCUUGUGAAUGCGUACAACGGCAGUGGAGGCUUCACCGGCAGUGUGGUAUUGCCUCACAGUGGCUACGGUCAUGGUGUAUUUGCCGAUCCUUCCCAGUGCGUUGCCAGACAUGUUUCAGCCUAUUUCCUCAAUGGCACACUCCCCACCAACAACGCGAGUUGCGAACCAGAUUCGACACCAAUCGAGCUAUGGAGAGCGUUUGUGGCAAGGUCAGGAGCCAACUCCACCUCUGAAGGGGGUUCCGACGGAAAUGGCACCGACGGUGGAUCAAGCGACAAUAGCACUGCGUCGCCGCCUGAGAAUGGUGCUCAUCGAGAGAGCUCACGGGCCGUCUUUGGAAUCACUGUGGUAUUGAUGGUCAUGACCUUCAUUCUGGUGUAG